AUGCGCCUGGCGGAGGUGGCUGCGCUGGGUCUGUGGCUGGGCUGCCUGCGCCGGGCGCAGGGCGAGACCUUCACCUCCAUGCUCACCGUCCGGCAGGCGCUGGCCACCGAGACCCGGCUGCUGCGGCACCUGGCAGCCUACCUGGAGGCGGAGACCCACCGGCUGCAGGACCUGCGGAGGUUUUACAACAAGGUGCAGGAUUUGCACCUAGGAGCUGGGGGCUCUGCAGCGAACCCAUUACUCGCCUACACGCUGAUCAAGAGGCUGCAGUCCGAUUGGCUGAAUGUGGUGCACAGCCUGGAGGCCAGUGAGAACACCCAAGCUCUCAAGAAUGGCUACACGCAGGUGGAGAAGGACCUGCCCGAGUUCGAGGACUUGGAGGGAGCAGCACGGGCACUGAUGAGGCUGCAGGAUGUCUAUGCUCUGAGUGUGAAGGGGCUGGCGAAAGGCAUGUUCCAGAAAGCCAGCGGCACCCACCUCCCCGACAUCUACAGCCCGGGGCAGCUCUUCCCGCUCUCCGCUGAUGACUGCUUCCUCGUCGGCAAGGUGGCGUACGACAGGGCGGAUUACUACCACUCCAUUGCGUGGCUGGAGGAAGCCGUCAGCCUCUUCCGCGUCUCCUAUGGGGAGUGGAACACAGAGGACGAGGGCAGCCUAGAGGAUGCGCUGGACUAUCUGGCUUUUUCCUAUUUCCAGGCAGGAAAUGUUUCUCAUGCCUUAAGCCUCUCCAGAGAGUUUCUUCACUAUGAUCCCAGCAACAAAAGAAUUGCUAGGAACGUCCUGAAGUAUGAAAAGCUCUUGAUGGAAAGUCCAGAGCAUGCCAAGGCUGAGGUGGGCCUGCAGAGGCCAAAUGUGACUCACCUGCAGACUAGGGACCUCUAUGAAGAGCUGUGUCAGACUCUUGGGUCACAGCCAACCCAGUAUCAGAUCGCAGCCCUCCAUUGUUCGUACGAGACGAACGACAGCCCCUACCUGAUCCUCCAGCCGCUGAAAAGAGAGCUGCUCCGGCUGCAGCCGUACGUAGCCCUGUACCACGACUUCGUCAGCGACCUAGAGGCGGAGAAGAUCAAGGGGCUUGCAGCUCCCUGGCUACAGAGAUCAGUGGUUGCCUCGGAAGAGACGCAGCAGAAAGCGGAGUACCGGAUAAGUAAGAGCGCCUGGCUGAAGGACACCGUUGACCCAGUGAUUGUGUCACUAGAUCAGAGGAUCGCAGCCCUGACUGGCUUGGACAUUCGGCCACCGUAUGCAGAGUACCUACAGGUGGUGAAUUAUGGGAUAGGUGGACACUACGAGCCUCAUUUUGAUCAUGCCACUUCGAGAAAGAGCCCCCUUUACAGAAUGAAGUCGGGUAACAGACUGGCCACAGUCAUGAUCUAUCUGAGCUCGGUAGAUGCCGGAGGAUCCACUGCCUUUAUCUAUGCAAACCUCAGCGUGCCUGUGGUCAAGAAUGCAGCUCUGUUUUGGUGGAACCUUCACAGGAACGGAGCCGGGAACGGGGACACCCUCCAUGCCGGCUGCCCAGUGCUCGCGGGAGACAAGUGGGUGGCAAACAAAUGGAUCCACGAACACGGGCAGGAGUUCCGAAGGCGGUGCAGCCCCGACCCAGACGACUAAGGGCCGGAGCAGAGCGUGAGCACCCCACCCAAUCCAAAGGCAUGGGAGGAGGUGGGGAAUGGAAACCCACCGCCAUCAGAGCUGGAAGCAGGGACCACCUGGAAAAGCCAGCUGGUUGGCUGCAAGGGAAUAUGGCCUGCUGCCAAGGCAGCACGUCUCAGCCAGGCUUCCUCUGCUGCGUAUUGAGUCUAAGGAUCUAGGAGGGGGGAAUGGAACAAAAGUCACUGUGGGAGGGGAGCAGGGAACUUGUAAGGAGAGAAAGAGGCUGCUGGGUGCGCCGGGGCUGGCUCAGCUGUGGAACAAGAACAGCAUAAAGGGCGUGAUGCCGUUCCUAGGACGUUUUCAUGGCCAACGGGGAGGAACUAGGCUGAGGGCCAGAGU